CUAAUCACUUCCUCUGUGCUUUUCUUGUCCCUCUGUUUUUAGUUUGUUAAGUGCUGGCUAUGCAGGCUCCAACUUCCCAGAGCACAUCUUCCCUGCGCUUGUUGGGAGGCCCAUCAUCCGCUCUACAGCCAAAGUGGGAAACAUUGAGAUCAAGGACCUGAUGGUGGGGGACGAGGCCAGCGAGCUGCGCUCCAUGCUGGAGGUCAACUACCCGAUGGAGAAUGGUAUCGUCAGGAACUGGGAUGACAUGAAGCACCUGUGGGACUACACCUUUGGCCCGGAGAAGCUCAACAUUGACUCCCGCAACUGCAAGAUCCUUCUGACCGAGCCCCCCAUGAACCCCACCAAGAACCGUGAGAAAAUCAUCGAGGUGAUGUUUGAGACCUACCAGUUUGGAGGAGUCUACAUUGCUAUUCAAGCUGUGCUGACGCUGUAUGCUCAAGGCCUUCUGACUGGUGUGGUGGUGGACUCUGGUGACGGUGUGACACACAUCUGUCCCGUGUAUGAGGGCUUCAGCCUGCCCCACCUGACGAGGCGCCUGGACAUCGCAGGCAGGGACAUCACCCGCUACCUCAUCAAGUUGUUGUUGUUGAGGGGUUAUGCCUUCAACCACUCUGCAGACUUUGAGACGGUGCGCAUGAUGAAGGAGAAGUUGUGCUACGUGGGCUACAACAUCGAGCAGGAGCAGAAGCUGGCGCUGGAGACCACCGUGCUGGUGGAAUCAUACACGCUGCCAGAUGGUCGUGUGAUCAAGGUGGGAGGAGAGCGGUUUGAGGCCCCUGAGGCUCUGUUCCAGCCCCACCUCAUCAACGUGGAGGGUGUCGGAGUGGCCGAGCUCCUUUUCAACACCAUCCAGGCGGCCGACAUAGACACCAGGCCCGAGUUCUACAAACACAUUGUGUUAUCAGGAGGAUCCACCAUGUACCCAGGCCUGCCAUCUCGGCUGGAGAGGGAACUCAAGCAGCUGUACCUGGAGCGUGUGCUCAAGGGAGAUGUGGACAAGCUUUCGAAAUUUAAGAUCCGGAUUGAGGAUCCUCCCAGGCGAAAGCACAUGGUGUUCCUGGGCGGAGCCGUGCUGGCCGACAUCAUGAAGGACAAGGACAACUUCUGGCUGACCCGGGAGGAGUACCAGGAGAAAGGAGUCCGUGUGCUGGAAAAACUCGGAGUCACCGUCAGAUAAAGCACUGAACGGACAGACCACGCAUACACACAUACAAAUACACACACAUACACACUCACAGGCACACAUAUACAUGAAAUGCACCCCCCCCCCUCGCCCUCAUUGCAGAGUAUAUAUCUAUUUAUCCCUCUUCCUCUCUUUCGGCUCUUGAUACUCCUCAAACAUCAGAGGGAAUCGAGCCGUCACCUCCCUGCUCUCCUCCUCCUCCUCCUCCUCCUCCUCCUCUCUCGCCUCUCUGCCUCUCUUCUCUCCUGGUUUGGGAUUGGCUCACACUUUUCCCUCGCAAGCCCUGAUUUCCACUGAAAGCCCUCUUUUACUUUAACUAGGAAUAGAAGGGUUAACGUCGCCCUGCUGGUGUAUUUUGGAGCCUGAUUUUCAUUGAGUGCUGGUGGAGAAGGUUAAAACCAGGGUGAGACAUGUUAAUGAGACAUGUUUAUCUGCAGAUAGGUUUGAUGUGAAUUAAAUUGGGCAGGUAAAGCCACCAGCCACCGCAGUGAGCAUUUUAGAAAGGUUAAGUUCCCUCCCUUGAAAAGUCCAGUGGGGGAUAAAUUGAUGCAAAGUUUCUAAGCCGCUCGUAAACGUCUGUAAUAUCACAAUCAGGGUCCACCACAAACAGCCACGGGCCGCUUUCAGCAUCUGAUCCAGGUGAGCGAGAACUGAUCACAGUUUUAUGUCGGUUUUUAUAAAUGAUAUCAUGACUUUUCUUUUCUGGGAGAGGGAUUACUUCUUUUGCUUUUCCUUUUUUGUUGGAUGUAUGAGCUCAUUUAUAUCUUUAAAUCUGUUUUUUUUUCUCUUCCAUUGACUUUUUCUUUUGUUGCUGUGCACUACUACCAUUGUAAAUGGAGUGUAUUGUGGUAACAGAAGUUCCUCCAUGUUUUUAUGAAGAAUUGAUGGUUGAUUUAUAAAGGGACAAAUACGCAAAGUAGAACCCCUGAGCUUGACAUCGGUUGUGUGACGGUACUUUGGGGUUUGUGGGCGGUGAUGGGACGUGGGGGGAGCGUUACUGUUUGUUCCUCGUCGUACAGCCUCGCCUUUGCCUCCCCUCUGGGUGUAAAUCUUAAGCUGAAUGAAUGGGUGCGAGCAGUUGUAGCAAUAUCAAGACUGUACCCACGCUAUAGUACCUCACCUGUCGUGUUCCUUCAGAUCCACCAAAGCACGGAGGCAGUUGCAGGCUGGCGAUUAGAUUGAUUUGAAUCUGGGCACAGAGCACCGAAAAACUGGGGAAGUAAAACGGUAUUUUUUUUACUUUUUUUUUUUUUGAAGUUGAAAUGCUGUUGAGACCAUAAUUUAAGUCCUCCAUUCUUUUGCUCCCAACGGUCAACUUAAUGAUUACUGGAGGCACUUCUAUUUUGAGUAUGAUAAAAUGUGUAUAUUUUUUUUUCCUCUUUCCAUGAACGUCUAUCCAGUGCCAAGUGCAGUUAAUGUUAACUGGAUCUCAUGUUUUAAUGUCUUUCUUUUUGUCACUGUUUUCGUUUUUAUUUUUCCUGUGUUGUUCAUAGCAUAACUGCCUAACGCUGAUUUAAAUAAAGAAAAGUGAUUUAUAAGGAU